UGGUGUUGUGUUAUUGCCGUCGCGCUCACGCAUCUGCUGUGAGGGGAGAGGAGGAAAGGAUGUUUUUACACGUCGAAAGUGUUUAAAUCGACAGAAAAGACAGAGAAACUCCUGCUGAAGCGACUGAGCUCCACUAUUAUAAAGAUGGCCUUUAUUAAAGAGGAGAGUGAAGACCUGAAGAUUGAAGACACAUUCACAGUCAAACAUGCUGAGCAGAUAACAGUGGAUCAUGAAGAGGUCAGAUCUGAAGACGGAGCGGCAGAAACUUGCUCCGAUUUAUCCAGUGAAUCUGAAGAAGAGGAGGAAGAAGAUCCCUGUCAGCGCUCGAGACAACCGGUCAAGCGCGCCGCUGAUCUGGAGUCAGAUUCUCCUCCACCCAAACUGCAGAAACACACACAGACGGUGAAAGCUGAAGUCCUGCGCCCUCCAGCACAUGAUGAUCCUCCUCCAGCAUCAGCUCUUCUCUCUCCGGCUCCAGGCUGUGAUUCUCCUGCAGCUUCUCCGCUGCUGUCGGCAGGUGUUGAGCAAUACAUCGUGAGCUCUCUGGAGGAGAUCAAGCUCAGACUGACUGUGCUGGAGCGAGCGGUGGCCAGCAUCUCCAGAGCCAAAGAGGUGAUGCUGCCCGGAGGCGUGUUAUUGCCCCUGCAGGACUACCAGGACCUGCAGAGCCUGGAGCUGAGGAUGGAGGAUGCCCAGUGCCAGAAAGACCUGACUGCCUAUCUAGGCACCAUCGGUGGCUGUAAUAUCCAGAUUGCUACAAGACGAAUACUAACAACGCUGAUCGGACACAACUUAGCCACUAAGCUGACCUGGACCGGCUCCAGCCAGAAGAAACCCUUCCAGAACCUGCGGCUGAAGAGGGUUGUGACGGAGUCCGUCAGGAUGUGUGGUUUUCAGCCGAGUCUGCUCGACUCCGACAUCGAGAAUGAAAUAAAAGUGUGGCUGCGAAACUCCAGAGACCGAGCGGGAGGACGGAAGCAGCGCUACCUCCGCAUGCUAACUAGCUAAGAACAAUACUGUGCCAAUGCUAUCUCAACGCAAGCCAGAGCUCUGAUUUGGUGCUCAUAGUGUUUAUUUUUAUAUCUGUAUAGAUUGAGAUUGAGGUCGCUGUGGCUCCCUGCAGUCUGGACUGAAUGACCUGUAAAUAGCUGUAUAUGAAUAUGUUGCUGUUAGCAAUGUUUCGGAAAUUGUCCCUUUAGGUCACUAAGGUUAAACCUGAAGGCUAGAUCAUUAGUGCUGAUCAACACUUCACAUCAUCAUCGUUUCCCCAGGGAUUAGAGCAGGGGUCACCAAUCCUGGUCCUGGAGGUCUUAGGGUUUAGCUCCAUCUUGCCUCAACACACCUGCCUGGAUGUUUCAAGUACACCUAGUAAGAGCUUGAUUAGCUUGUUCAGGUGUGUUUGAUCAGGGUUGGAGCUAAAAUCUGCAGGACACCGGCCCUCCAGGAACAAGUUUGGUGAUCACAGGGGUUAGAGUAAUAAUUCAGGAUUAUUAAUGUUUCAUUUUUACUCCCAUUUUAUAUCUGUAUAAUCUACUGUUAAUGAGAUUUACACAUAUAUAAAUGUGCUUAUUUCAUGUGGACGCCAUUUUAAAGGGUGAAGAAACCCGGAGGAGUUGGACCAGCACUGUAAACAUUGCAGCAUGAUGCUGUGGACUGCACACCUCCAGCUGCUGCUGCCAUAUCAGAGAGCAGAUGUGGAGUACACAUCACUCAGUUCAGCUUCAUUUAAACUACAGGGGUCAUGGAAAAAGCAUGGCAUUUUGCAGGUCUGGAAAAGUUUUGGAAAAACAGACGAAACCCAGAAGGUUUUGGACAAAGUGAUGGACAACACCAUGCUCUCUGUAAGAGUAACACGCUUCAGUGUCCUCAUAGACUUCAGCUCAUGGCAGCAGGUAAACGCCUGCUUCAGCCUGUGUAACACGGUGAGCACUGCAGUCCUCUGCAGCACACCCUCAUGUUGUCUCUAACAGUGUUGACGUCCAUCUCCUGCUAACAUUCAUGUGUGUUCUUAAACAGCGCUGAUUGGCUGUAGCGUUCAGCAGUGCUCAACAGAAAUGACUGUGAUUGGCUGUGAAGGUCAGAUACAGGGAUACUCGAGCAUUUCAAAGCCACAAAGAUGAAACAUCGGUGAACUGAUGACCUUCACAGCCAAUCACAGUCAUUUCUGUUGAGCACUGGUGAAUGCUACAGCUAAUCAGCACUGUUUAGGAACGCCAUCAGCUGUGUUUAUCUGCUAGCAGGGAAUUCUCUUAAAACUUCAGUACUGAAAUUCAGUAUCGUGACGAGUCUAAUAUACUGAAGGAAUCAGUUCAUUAGCUUAAGUUUAAGAAAUGGCAUCUAAAAUGUGUGUUUGGGAAAGAAAACGUUAGCUAACUAGCGCCAUUUCUCUUAGCUGAAAAUGAGCUCUGAUAUCGCUUUUUAUAUGCAAUACUCAUUCAGAACGGACCUUUAGGUCACUUGGAGGAUGGUGAAAUGAUAAAUGUGUGUCACUUCUCUUCGCUGAUCAGAUGUACAGUCGGGUACACGGGCUUCCUGUGUGACUCAGACGAGACUACCGGGUUUCUUCCCACCGCAGCCUCGAUUUCACUUUUAAAAUGGCGGCCGCGUGAAAUCAGGCUAUUGUUCAAAUCAACGCACACUAUUGCUUAAACCUGUUGUUAGUGAUUCAUCGUCACUAGUGUGUGUGUGUGUGUGUGUGUGUGUGUGUGUGUGUGUGUGUGUGUGUGUGCGCGCAUCAGCUCUGGGUUUACUGUGGUACACGGUGAUUUGUUGCGCACUUAUGUAACUGUUUACAUUCAUGUCAUUUCAAUAGUCAGUAUAACUGUGAUCAUUUAUUUAAAAAUGUUUAAAUAAACAUUUAAAUAAAAUUAAAUAAAUGUUUAUUUAAAAUGAGCUGGAAAACACCAAUUUUGAGGGUUUUUUUGGGGGACAAUUAAGUUGUUUUCUGUUCAAUCUGCUUAAGUUUGUAAAAUUAAUGACUGGGUUUGUGUUUUGGCAUGAAGGAGCUGUGUGAAAUCCAGCAUUCUGUACAGUGUGUGUUGCGUUACAGAUGAAGUUUUGUAAUAAAUAAAUAGUUAUAUGCUUUUCACCCUC